AUGGGCAACUACGGCCCCCAUUUGGCGUCAAGGCCUCACCUGGACGCAGUUGCCCGUUACGAGGCUCGUCAGGCGGCAGAACAACAGAUGAUCUCUGGCCUGGAUGAAGUCCCUGACGAACCCUUGGUCAUCACCACACCGACACCCCAAGAGGACAUAUUUGAUAACAAUGGCCGUUCAUCCGACCCACCGGACGAACGCCCGCCGUCUCCUCUGUCGUACCUCCGUCUCCUCGAAGUUGCGGAGGCGAAUCUACCUAGCGACUCAGAAACCUCCGACCUGGAGAUUGAUGUACAGAAGCUCCUCGAAGCGGUUAAAGCCAUGGAUGACGAUGAUUGGGGGCCUGCCAACGACGAAAUGGAUGAUGCCCUGCUUGAGGAGGACCUGCGCGGUGUGAAGCAGCAAGAGGUGGCGGAGUGGUACCCAUUUAAAAAGAAAGAGCACCCCGCUGAUUAA